AUGGGCCAUCUGGACAUCGCGACAAUCUCGACAUGUCCACAAUCUGAAAAUGAUCGCAAGAUGAGUACCUUUGCGGCCAAGCGCAAAGCUAGAGUGAUCAAGGUCGAUGACGAGGAGAGAUCAGACAGCAGCUCGCCGUCGGGCUUGGGUACAGCUGGCUCCAAAGAAGGAGAGGGAGAGACCCUCGACGCAGUGGGAAGCACACCAAACGAAGAUGCAGAGGACGACGGGCCAGUUGUCGUACGGCCCAAUCGACCCGGCGCCGGGAGACAAAAGAAGAAAGGUCCCAAGUCUAGAUUGUCCUUUGGUGGAGAUGCCGAAAAUGACGACUCUGAAGAUUCACCCACGCCAAAGCAGAUGUCUCUCGGGCAAAGAGCGGUUGAGAACAGUGCUGUGAAGCGCGGCAUUGCUGUACGAACUCUGCCAACAAGGUUUACACAAGAAGAAGAAGAGGACCAACCGAGAUACAGCAAGGAGUACUUGGAUGAGCUACAGUCGUCAACGCCAAGCACACCGCAAGAUAUCUCUACGUUGCACAUUAGCGAUGCUGACGAGAUGGCAUUGGACCCAGCGGAGCUUGACGGCGCCUUAGUAGUCGAAUAUCCGGAGGCUUCUUCAACAAGUCAAGGCACACAGAUACUUUCAGAGGCUGAAAUACGUGAACGAAAGGAACGCCGCGCCAGACUAGCCCAGGAGCAAGGCUUUUUGUCGGUCGACGAUGAUGACGAGACGGAUGCCUUUGGGCGUAGGAAGAAAGAUGCCGGCCGAUUAGUUGCAGAAGACGAAGAUCUCGGGGAGGGAUUUGAUGAUUAUGUUGAAGACGGUGGCCUCUCAUUGGGCAAACGCGCCGAAAGGGAGCGUAGAAAAAAAGAGAGGAAGCAAAUGGCAGAAAUGAUCACAGCUGCUGAAGGUCACAGCUCGGACGAUUCCUCAGACAGCGAUGCCGAGAGGAGGAUGGCGUACGAGGCCUCGCAAAGCAAGGCAGGGCUUGAUGGGUUGAAAAAGCCGCGAAAGAACCCAUCUGACAGUAUGCUCCGAAUUCCUCCCAAGAUUACGCCCCUACCCAGCUUGUCGGAGUGCUUGACGCGGCUUCAAGCCACACUGAGAGCAAUGGAAAGCGACCUCAAGACGAAAAAUGCCCGCUUGGAUCAACUCAGGAAGGAGAGGGAGGAUAUCGUCAAGCGGGAAGCGGAGGUGCAGGGAUUGCUGGACGAAACCGGGAGAAAAUACCAAGAGGCUCUGGCAAAAGGAAAAAUAGAUGCUGAUGCCGCGAGUGCCACAGGGCCAAGUAUUGAAUUAGCAGGGGAACGCGGCCUGGAUAGUCUUGGAACCACACCUAGACGGCCGGCUCGGUCUGAACUAGAUGCAGGAUCGUGA